GUGCAGGCAGCUGUGAGGGCAGCCGCGGGGCCGGGGUCCUUGUGACAUGAGGUCUUAUUUAGUCUGGGUCAGGUUCAGUGCUGCUUCAGGAGGGAAACUUCAGGGGCUUUGUCCCGACACAAAGAGCAGUCGCCGCCGCGGAGCCCGGAUUGUCAGGGGGUGAAGCUACAGCAGGAACCCAAACUAUGUCUGGCAUAGCCCUGAGCAGACUCGCACAGGAAAGGAAAGCUUGGAGAAAAGACCAUCCUUUUGGGUUUGUUGCAGUACCAACAAAAAAUCCAGAUGGCACAAUGAACUUGAUGAACUGGGAAUGUGCUAUUCCAGGCAAGAAAGGGACCCCAUGGGAAGGAGGAUUAUUUAAACUACGAAUGCUUUUUAAGGAUGAUUAUCCCUCUUCGCCUCCGAAAUGUAAAUUUGAACCUCCAUUAUUCCACCCAAAUGUCUAUCCUUCAGGCACAGUGUGUCUGUCUAUCUUAGAAGAAGAUAAGGAUUGGAGGCCAGCAAUCACAAUUAAACAGAUCUUGUUAGGAAUACAAGAACUUCUAAAUGAACCAAAUAUACAAGAUCCAGCUCAAGCAGAGGCAUACACAAUUUACUGCCAAAACAGAGUUGAAUAUGAAAAAAGAGUCCGAGCACAAGCCAAGAAGUUUGCACCAUCAUAAGCUUCAGCAAUGUGGCAUCUUACAAUAAAUAAGGAAAAAAAACUAAAAAAAAAAACUAAAAAAAAAAGGAAGGGAUUGGUUUGGCAAGAACUUGUUUACAAAAACAAUUUUUUUUGCAAAAUUGAAUGACGCUAAAUACAAAUAAGUCACGUAGGGGAGGGGGUCGUAUGUGUGCCAUUUUAUUUUUUUUUAUAUAUUUUUUUUUUUCCAUUUUUCGCCACUUGUAUAGAGUUCUAAAUUUGCUGAAUAUCCCCCCCGUUUUUUCAUACAGGGUCUCUUCCUUCAGUCUUUUUGUAUUUUGAUUGUUAUGAUGUAAAACUUGCUUUUAUUUUAAUAUUGAUGUCAGUAUUUCAACUGCUGUAAAAUUAUAAACUUUUAUACUUCUAUAAAUCCACUAGUAAUCUAUAUAGUUUUUUUUUUUUUUUUUUUUUUUUUGUUUUUUUUUCUUUGUUUUUUUUCUUCUUUGCUAUCCGAUGCAGGCAUGCUUAAAAAUAUUUAAAAAAAAAAGUUUAGAACUAUAUCUAGCCUCUAGCUGGCUGUAUUAAAAACCAAUGUCAUGACUUCUACCCCCUCCCCUGCCCCCCAAAUUUUUUUUUUUUCCUUUUUUUUAGGUCUCUCAGAAACUAAGGUUGGUCAUUGCAACCUAGUGCCUCCGAUGUUCAGUCAGCCUCUUGCUUCUGCAUCACUUCCUUUUGUGUUUAUAUGGCGUUCUGUCUGUGUUGCUGUUUAGAUGAAAAUAAACUGUUUAUAUAAAG